GCGGGCAGCUUAGAGUCAGCCGAGCCGCCCGUCCGCCUUCACGCCGCCGCCGGAGGAGGACCCCGACCAUGCGCGGCGGCCCGCUUUAGCUACUCCAUGGAGCCGGGCAACUUCUACGAGGCGGACGCGCGCCCCCCGAUGCCCAGCGCCCUCCACCCGCAGCAGCAGCGCCCGCCGCCCGCCGCCGCGCACCUGCCCUCCGCCGCGCACGGCCUCCACCCGCCGGCCGGCCCCUUCGGCUACCUGGCCGCGUCGGAGCUGCCGGAGAUCUGCGAGCACGAGAACUCCAUCGACCUGAGCGCCUACAUAGACCCGGGCGCCUUCAACGACGAGUUCCUGGCCGACCUCUUCCAGCACAGCAAGCAGCAGGAGCGCGCCGCCAAGGCCGGCCUGGAGUGCGCCGGGGCCGGGAUGCCGGGCGCCGGGUUCCCGCAGGGCGCGGGCGCGCUCUACUGCUACGCCGCUGACAAGCUGGAGGGCAGCGCCGCCUACGAGCGCCUGGGCCAGGGCCCCCCGCCGCUGCCGGGCCUGCGCCCGCUGCUCAUCAAGCAGGAGCCCCACGAGGACGCGGAGGCGGCCGCCCUGGCCGCGCUCUACCCGCCGCCGCCCGCGGGGCCCGCCUGCAGCCACCUCCAGUACCAAGCGGCGCACUGCGCCCAGACCACGGUGCACCUGCAGCCCGGCGGGCAGCCCACCCCGCCGCCCACGCCCGCGCCCAGCCCGCACGGCCACCACCCGCCCCACCGGCUGCACCCCGGCGCCGCGCCCCCCUCCUCCUCCUCCUCCUCGUCGGGCAAGAACAAGAAGUCGCUGGACAAGAACAGCAGCGAGUACCGCGUGCGGCGCGAGCGCAACAACAUCGCGGUGCGCAAGAGCCGCGACAAGGCCAAGCAGCGCAACGCCGAGACGCAGCAGAAGGUGGUGGAGCUGAGCAGCGACAACGACCGGCUCCGCAAGCGGGUCGAGCAGCUCAGCCGCGAGCUGGAGACGCUCCGCGGCAUCUUCCGGCAGCUGCCCGAGAGCUCGCUGGUCAAGGCCAUGGGCAGCUGCUCCUGAGCGGCCCCGCGGGAGCGCCGCGCGCCGAGGCGGCCGGUGGAGCCCCGAAUCUGGGGUGCCUGGCGCUGCCGUCCCCCGCCCCGCUCCCUCGGAGGCCGCGGGGCGGAGAACCCGGGGGGUGCGCCUCGGGCCCGGCGCGGGCGAAGCCGUCGGGAGCGCCGGCUGCCGCUGCCCUUCAGGGAACCCCGUCCGGCUUCCUUGCCAAGCUGUGCCUCCUCCCGGCAGCCGCGGACAGAACUUGGGGCUGCGAGGGAGCGGCGCGGCUGGGCUGCGGCCCUGAACCUGGGCGGGGAAGAGCAGCCGGAGGCGCCCGCCGGCCGGCCGGCCUGUACUGUGAAAGCUGACUCUUGUCGUCGUUAUUUUGUAUUUUAUUGCUCGGACCCUUGCCAUCUCACCAGCUGGGACCAGUGCUGUCCUCAGAACUCUGUUAGCCUAAGAAAAACUGCAGACUUUUUUUUUUUCUUUUUUGUACAGCCGGUUUCCUUGGCUUUGGAGACGUUGCUUGGACUCGGUGCAGAAAUUUAACUGAGUAUGAACCUGUGUAGGAUGGGCCCUUGAAGGGUUUCACGCUUUGCAUUGGCAGGUGUGCACAAACACAUAUGCACACACACUGGUCAGUUUCGGGAGACCGCUGGGUGCCUUUUGGUGGUCACAGUUCCUGGCUGCCUCCUUUGGACUCCACGUUCGUCAGCACUUUGAACUUGCUUCAGCUUCUUCUGUUAAGAAAACAGACGGAGUUCUUCAUCUAAGUGCCAAUUUUUAAUAUUCGUAGUACCAGGUGCCAACGUGUUUUACUUUUUUUCACCCUUCCUAAGAAUUAAUACCUGGGAACUGUCUGUCUGUAGGGUGUAUUUUUUGGAUUAAACAAAGGUACAAGCCCAUUUUAAAAACUGUGGUUUAAAAUCCAUAAAUAAAAUGCAAAUAUUCUGUCAUAA